AUGUCAACUAAACAGUUCUCUCAGCGGCAGAGAAGAAAACUUGGCGGCAAAGGCAAUAGCCAAAGCAAGAUCAAGGGAAACAGCAAAGGAAACGACAAGGGCAACAGCAGAGGAAAGAGCAAGGGCAAAAGUAAAGGCAACAACAAAGGUAGCAAAAAACAAAGUGGCGGCGUACGAGCAUCUGGUACAAGAAUACAGAAGAAGCCGUGUACACUUUUCUUCGAAGCUCGUGACAACUUGGACGAAGAUGAAUUCAAAUGGAGAUGCAGGAUGAAGGGGCAGGAUGCUACGAAUGCAGGUGCACUUCUUGGAGGUUAUCGUGCAAACGUCGAUAUUCAAGGCAUCGAACAUGUCUUGGCCGCAAAACCUGACAUUGUUAGCGGCGAAACACUCUUGUUUGCCGAAGAUGCUGUAAUUGAAAGUGGUUUGCUUGUGAUUACUCCCAACAGUGAGUUGAAAUUCGAUGCCAAACGCAGAGGGAAUGGAAUCGAGUCGAGACGCAGGCUCGCGACCAGCACAGGGAACAAGAAUGUUCUUGUUGUGAGAGUCGUUACCAAUGACGCUCAACCAACAGCGAGCAUCGCUGAAAUAAGUGAUGCUGUUUUUGGUACAGAUGGUGAUCCAGUCAACCUCAAGUCGCAGUACGAAGGAUGCUCUAACGACCAAAUUAUCAUCGACCCAGCAACUGGAUCAGGAACGGCUUGUGCCGAUGACCCAAACUACCUUGGAUUCUUUCAAUUCGCCAGCGGAAACUAUGCCGAUUGCGAUUGGUUCGAGUUUUUCCAGAAUCAGGAUCCAACCACAUGCAAUACAUAUGGUAAUGAUGCUGACUUGGGUGGUGGCCCAGAGACUGGUAACAGUGCCUGCUGCGUAUGUGGUGGCGGAACGACGUCGAACUACAACAACAAUGUUAUUGAUGGCGUUUUCGAAAUCAACGUACCGGUGGCCGCCUCGUCGCUCACUUCUUCGCAGCUCGAGGACGUAGCCAUGAACGAGCUCGAGUCCCAAUUUGGCUCCUCGAACCUGGAAGAUCAAUUCGAUCUUAUCAUGCUUUGUCUACCACCAGGUACCACGGAUGGGAAUUGGGUUGCAUAUGCAGGUUUACCUGGAUACGUCAGUGUCUACAACGAUGAUGCUUGUUUGUAUCCAUCGGUUCAAAUGCACGAAGUCGGCCAUAAUGUAGGUCUGACACACGCUUCCGAUAAUACUGAUGUGGAUGUUGAGUAUGGAGAUCGAACUGGAAUGAUGGGAAUAAGUUACUUUGUUGACGAUGGCCCUUCAAGGGCUAAGAUGUGUUUCAAUCCGGCAAAGUCGUACACUCUCGGAUGGUACAGCGACAAGAAUCUUGAUAUUGACGCUGCGACGACACCGUUCUGUGGAACGCUCGUGGGUGUUGCUAAUUAUCCUACAAUCGCUGGAGAUGAGAAGGUUGUCCUCAAGAUUCCAGAUGCGGCAACCGACUACUAUGUCGGGUACAACCACGCGGUGGGAUUCCAUGAGGGAACCAAUGAAGCAGUAAACCAAGUGACCAUUGUCUCGCAAAAUCCAGCAUUUGGAUCCUUCUCGAAUCUUGAGGCCAGGUUAUCAGUUGGUGAUGAGUACAUUAUCAGCAACAUCUUCGGCAGCGGCGAGGAUCUCACAAUCAGGGUUGUCGAGAUCGACACCAGUGCGGGCGGGUUUGCCGAAGUACAAGUCUUCCAAGGAACACAGACCUGUGCAAGCCCGUUUCCAUCGGCUGUACCCUCAACGAUACCUUCUGCGAAGCCAAGUGUUGUUCCCAGCGUUGCGCCAUCGCAGUCGCCUUCUAUCAUGCCAAGCGUCCAUCCAUCUGCAAAGCCUUCUAUUGGACCCAGUCAAGUUCCAAGUGCGUCGCCAUCUAUUGGGCCAUCACAGUCUCCAAGUAUUGGGCCCUCUAAGACUCCAUCGUUGUCGACGUCACCAACCACAGCGCUGGCUUCGAUGAGUCCAAGUCAUGAACCAUCGGGAUUCCCAAGCUUGGUUCCUUCCCAGCAGCCAUCCCAUAAACCUUCCAACGGCCCGUCAACGACACCGUCAAUUGCACCGAGUCAAAGUCCAAGCAAAGAAGCAUCGGAUACACCAUCAACAUCACCAUCGAUCGUGCCAAGCUUGAUUCCAAGCGCUGCUCCAUCCAAUAGACCAAGCAUAGAAGCAUCGGAUACACCAUCGAUAUCACCAUCAAUCAUGCCAAGCAUGAUUCCAAGCAGUGCUCCAUCCAACAGGCCAAGCAAAGAGGCAUCGAGUACACCAACGACAGCACCGUCAACUAUGCCAAGCAUAGUACCAAGCACGGCUCCUUCAACAUCGGGGAGACCAUCGACUGUACCCUCCGCGGCUCCUUCGCGAUUUCCAUCCACUUUUCCAAGCCUCAGUCCCACUACACUCAACAACCCCCCCGACAAAUGGAACUGUAUUUUGAAUGAAGACUUCGAGAACGGGUUUCAGUUCUUGUCUGAUGGAGGAGGUACUGCAGCCAUCACCAACUUUGGCGGAUCCAAUGACGCUUUGAUACUCACUGGGAGAAAUGCAGUGUCGUCUGAGACAAACGAGUACGGGGUCUCUCAAUACAGCAGAAUUCGACUUUCAUUUGCAUACCGAACAACAAGACUCAGCAGUCAAGAUGGAUUCAACGUCGACAUUCAGAUCAAUGGUGGAAUGUGGUACCGUUGGCAGAGAUUCGGAAAGAAUGACUAUUGUUCCAGCUCAAAACCGCGUUGGUGCACAGGUCAAGUUGAUCUUGCACUCAGUGGUGGAAUCAAUACCGUCAAAAUUCAGUUCCACACGUUGCAUAGUCGUGGGCGAAACAAGGCAGUGUAUAUUGAUGAUGUCCAGUUCGAAGCCUAUGGACCUCCUUCAUCGACUACCAAUGGACAACAGUGUGGACCGAUAUCAAGAUCGUCAAAGGGCUCAAGUUCCAAAUCAGCAAAACAUUCAAGUUCCAAGUCAGGUAAAGGCUCAAGUUCUAAAUCAGGAACAGGGUCAAGUUCCAAAUCAGGAAAAGGGUCGAGCUCCAAAUCAGGAAAAGGUUCCAGUUCCAACUCGGGAAAAACGUCUGGGUUCGGGAGUCGCAAAAAAACAUACAAGAUUCCCAAGAAUGUCGUCUUCCCAACACUCAAAACAAUCAAGGCCAUUCAUUAA